UGUGUGCAAGACUGUCGCAUAUGAUUCAAUUCUCAUCAUCGUCGUAUCGAAUGAUAGCCGACGUGAUGGUCGUGGCGUCUCUAAAUGGUUAGGUGGGAAAGGAUUUUUCGGUGGUGUAAUUUAAGACCUUAAAAGUAUGCCUUUGUUACAUGUGCCUCAGUGCGAAAGUUGAGUUGCCACCGUACUGCAUUUUCGUGAUACAUUGUUACGGGCUCUGAAUUUUAAGCGUCUGCUCCGGUGUUGCUCAUGUCGCACGGCGCUCAUGCUGCAUUGAUGGCCGGUGCUCUGGCUAGAGGCGAGCAGUGAGCCUUUCCGUUCACCGGCGACCACAGUGUUUGCCUCGAAACCGAUUUUGCGCGCACGAUGGCCGGACGCCGCGGUUGCAUGAAUUCGCUAUGGUCAGGGAGCGAGCGGGUUCGUAUCGGAGAGCGGCUGAAAGCCACUCUGGCCGGCGUAAUGGAGCUGGAUCUUCUCAGAGGACGACAGCUGGAGAUGGUGGAUGCGGUACUGGACAUGAAUGGAGCACCCGCUCACCAGGGGGAAAGACUGGAGACCGCCGCCGAAGAUGGUGCCGCAACCUCCCGCAGGCAACAGAGUCUGUCCCCUGCAAACCCUGAUCUGUCUUGCCUUGGCACUGCAGGAGAGGGGAUAAGCUCACGUUGGUCUACGCUGUCCUGGGACAUCCCAUCUGAUCUGCUGUCCUCUCCCACUCCAGACUUUCCUAGCACCACACCGCUUGACUGCGACUCUAGACCCAGCUCAGGUUUUUACUCGGUCAGUGGGAGUUCUCUGUCAGACUCUUGUUACUCCGUAUCCAGCGAGGCGGCUCCUGGAGGGUCAUUGAAAGUCAGUUGUAGGCCACGCUCACUGGAUCAUAGUGGCACUCAUUGGAGGGAGGCUGAAUCUCAUAGUACAGAGUGUCCUGAGGGCACAGUGGAGAAACAAGAAAGAAGGCCCUUUUCUACUGAAAUUGUCCCAUUACUUUCAAAUUCACCCUUCACUCCUGCUCAGCUUUCAGUAUUUCGGCGUGACUCCCCAUCUCAAUGCUCUCUUCCACGCUUUCACCCAUGUAGUUCCCCACUGGAGGGUCCCAUUCGGCCUCGUGGAGGUUCCCUCAGGCAGAACGCAGGGACUGGGUGGAGGCCUCAAGAUAGAGGGUGGAGGAGGAGUGGGGAUGGAGAGAGGCUCUACCAGGGCAAACAUGCCUCAAGAGAACUUAUUCGAGCAUCCACGGUUAGUAGCUAUUCGGGUAGAGACUAUGGCACUGGAUGGGAGGAUGAAAUGAGCACUCAAACACCUAAAAAGGGUGGAAAGUUUUGGAAGGGGUUCGAAACACGAUUUUGGGGACGAGAGGACUAUGAUGAGAGAGAUGAGAGAGCUGGAGGAUUUGGUUGGAGGCACACCUCACUGAAAGAAACAUCGUCCAGUAGGCCAGAUCAAAGAGGGAACAACUCGAAAAAGAAAGGUACGAGUUGGGACAGUAGAAGUUCCAGCCUCCGGUUGUCCAGGAGAGCAUUAUUUCGAAGCGAGUCUCAGGGAAUUCUCGAGCCACAUUCUCAGAAACGGGAAAGCAAUCAGUGGCGUUCCUCAUUUGAGAUCAGCCGUGUAGGACGGGGCUCUGAACGUGCUCGCAAUCUUGUGAGAAAGGAGGAGAAACAUCAUUCUUCAACUGCCAGUCUUUUCCAUCUCUCUCGCUCCCAGAGCCUGGAGGGAAGCAGUCACUCCCUUUCUCCUCUUUCGUCCCCAUCGCUCUCGCCCUCACCUCCCCCAUCAGCUCCUCUCACCCGUUCCAGAUCGUUCCGUGACCUUGGAAGGAAAAUGUUUGGCUCUAUGAGGUCCCUCAGUUUCAAUAAAAAUCACAAGUCGAAAAAGAAAGAUUAGUAUGAACAAUUAAAAAUGGAAGAAACCAAGCUGCCAACUUUUCCAAAUGUACAAUUUUCUCUCUUUCUGCUUGUUUCGGUGCUUCUGCAUGCCAUGCCGUGUCUAUGUGCACUCUUAUGGUCAUAGUGGUUCUGGUGUUGUUUUUACUAUGAACAUAUUAUGCUUUAAAAAAAAAGCACUCUAAAGUAUAUGCUGACCAAAUACAAAAAGAUGUUGUUUGAACUUAUGCUCAGGACUUUGAAAAAAAAAAAACUGAAUUUGAAAUGAUUGUUAAAGAGUUCAUGUUUCAGCAAUCAAUAAAAGUGUUUCCAAUUUGAAAUUAUCCUUAUUUGCUUGGCAAUGACGGAAUAUGUUGCUACUGCUGAGUGAAGUGUUUUGUGGUACAAUUGGAUUACAUGAGAUC